UCCAUGAAUAUCCUUUUCAGCACGAUGGGCAGGAAAAUUCAGAAAUUAUAAUUUAUAUACAUUUUUAUAUUAAAAAAUACCUCAAUUACAAUGGAUAAAGAGAAGAUACAACUCAAGAGAAUAUUUGGAUAUUGCUGGGGCACAAGUUUUUUAAUCACUAAUGUAAUUGGGGCAGGAAUUUUUGUGGCCCCCAAAGGGGUACUGAAAUACUCUUGCAUGAAUGUGGGGCUCUCCCUGUGUAUCUGGACUGUCUGUGCCCUGUUGUCCAUGAUGACCACUCUCUGCUCAGCAGAGAUAGGUAUAACCUUUCCACGAAGUGGAGCUCACUACUAUUUUCUCAAAAGAUGUUUCGGCAACUUAAUCUCUUUCCUGAAUCUCUGGACAAGCUUGUUUCUGGGGCUAGGGUUAGCUGCCAGCCAAGCCCUACUCCUCGCGGAGUACAGCAUCGAGCUUUUUUAUCCCAGCUGCUCUGCUCCAAAGCUGCCAAAGAAAUGUCUGGCGCUAGCCGUAUUGUGGACCGUGGGAAUUCUGAAUUCUCGUGGUGUGAAAGAGGUGACUUGGCUUCAGACAGCGAGCCUAGUGCUGAAAAUGGCUAUACUCGGCCUUAUUUCCCUGAGUGGAGUCGUGCUGCUGGUGAGAGGAAGGAAGGAGAAUGUAGAAAGAUUCCAGAACUCUUUUGAUACUGAUUUUCCAGAAGCUUCUGAGUUUAUAGAAGCCAUUUUCCAAGGAUAUUUUGCGUUUUCAGGCAGGGGAUGUUUUACAUAUAUAGCAGGGGAGCUGAAGAAACCCAGAAAGACAAUCCCAAGAUGCAUAUUUACUGCGUUACCUCUGGUAACUAUCAUUUAUCUGCUGGUUAACAUUUCCUACCUGACUGUUCUGACACCGAGGGAAAUUCUUUCUUCAGGUUUGUAUGCAAGUGACUAAGGCAAUAAAUAAUAAUGACAGUUCUAGUCCAUUUAGUAUAAGUAAGUAUCACUUUACCAGUCAGACUACUGUUUGCUUUUCAUUAUUUUAUAUAGAGUCACCUUGUAAUUUUCAAAAUAUUGAAGGGGCCAAAGAGUAUGAUUUGGCUUAGGAAAGAGUUUUAGAUUUAAGCAUGAUACUAUGGAAAACCAUGUUUCUGAUGAUAUGGAAAAAUAUCCAUAUGCUGACAUAUGAUGCAGACUAGGUUCAAAAUAUUUGUAUCCCUUUCAUGAUCUUUCCUCACCAGAGUGACACCAUACAAUCAGUGCUUAGGUCUGUUAAAACUUUUACAAAAAAACCUGUAACUUUUACAACAAUUAUUUUCUAAAUAUUCUAGGUGACAUAAAGAAUGAUAAACUUGAAAUGUGGGACAUUAGCAGUUAAAAGGGUAGAAGUUAGGGUCAA